GAUGAUGAUUUUAUACGCGUCUGUUUGAACAGAUCUGGAUAAAUCUAGGACACAGUUGUUCUUUACAGCACGGAAUAACCGUAUCGCGUGACCUUGCGCUGAAUGUCAUUAGACGGGGAUUUAAUCUCGCUACGAACAAUAGGAUUUAAAUCUCAGCGAUGGAUAUUUUGAAGCACAUAAUCAACGACACCGUUGAAUUCUACAAAUGGAGUCUUACCAUUGCAGACAAGCGUGUGGAGAAAUGGCCUUUGAUGGACUCUCCUCUCCCCACACUUGCUAUCAGCUUCUCAUACCUGCUCUUUCUCUGGCUGGGGCCGAAGUACAUGCAGGGCAGAGAGCCCUUCCAACUGAGGAAGACCCUCAUUGUCUACAACUUUAGCAUGGUCAUCCUAAACGUUUUCAUAUUCAAAGAGCUCUUCCUUGCUGCACGGGGGGCUAACUACAGCUACAUCUGCCAGCCUGUUGACUACUCAGAUGAUCCUAAUGAAGUGAGGGUGACAGCAGCCUUGUGGUGGUACUUUAUCUCUAAAGGUGUGGAAUACCUGGACACAGUGUUUUUCAUCUUACGCAAGAAGUUCAAUCAAAUCAGUUUCCUGCAUGUGUAUCACCACUGCACCAUGUUCACUCUGUGGUGGAUUGGGAUCAAAUGGGUUGCUGGUGGACAGUCAUUCUUUGGGGCUCACAUGAAUGCAGCAAUCCAUGUCUUGAUGUACUUGUAUUAUGGGCUGGCAGCAUUUGGUCCAAAAAUACAGAAAUAUCUGUGGUGGAAAAAAUAUCUGACCAUUAUCCAAAUGAUCCAGUUUUACAUCACCAUUGGCCACACUGCUUUGUCGCUCUAUUCCGACUGCCCAUUCCCUAAGUGGAUGCACUGGUGUCUGAUUGGAUACGCCCUCACCUUCAUCAUCCUCUUUGGGAACUUCUACUACCAGACAUACCGUCAGCAGCCCCGCCGUGAGGCUACAUCCAAGCCCAGCAAAGCCCUUUCUAAUGGAGCAUCUAAUGGAUCCCUUAUGGCUAGCAACGGAAAUGCUGGCAAGAUGGAUGAGAAACCAACAAUGGCCGAGACCAGCAGGAGAAAGCGGAAGGGAAGAGCAAAGCGUGAUUAAACCAGAUCAGAAAGAAAACCAGACACAGGCAGGCAUACAUACAGAUGCAAGAGAGACCACGGAUAUGGAGAGACUCAUUAACAGGUUAAGGAUGUGUGAUUCAUUGCUACAGUGAAUUAGAUGGGUGUAUCAGCUGAGAAUAAUCCAAAAUUGUCACGAAUAAGUCGAGCUUCUGCAGCAGAGGAGAAAUGUAAGCUUAAAUGUAGAGAGAUGGGAAUACAUACAGUUUCCCAAAUUAUAGACACUUAUGGAAACUUAACUCACACUUAUAAUGUCUGAAUGUCAUUGCAUUAGAUAAUAAAAUAUCAAACCAUGAGGCAUCUGCACACUUAAUGCUGCUAGAGAUUUUCUCAGAACUAUCUUCACUUUUCUGAAGACUUUUUGGAGUGACUUUUUAUCAAUUGGUGUCAUGGUGAUGUCAGUUUCUCAAGUUCACAGAGGUGUCCUUGCAGGAAGAGUGAUUGUGCUAUGUUUCUUAAAAGAAAUGCCACUUGGUUUAAUAUUGUAUUAUCUAAUGCAAAGACUUUCGAGCAUUUUUAAAGUGUGGCCUAUGUGUCUAAAUGUGGCUAAAUCAUUUUUGGGUCACUGUAUGACUAAUUCUUGAAGGAUCUUAUCAAAGUAUGAUAUAUAUUGUCUGUUACUUUAUUCUAUGUAUCUGCCUUUUUUACAUUGUUGUCCUAAUGCCAGAUAAGACCUGUGUCUUACCAUUGUUCUGUAAAUUAUUACAAAAAUACUUCAUUUUUUUUUUCAUUUUUGUUUUCAUAAUUUAUUAAAGUGGGGUCUGAACAUCUGAGACCACAAGUGAAAAUGCUUCUGUUUUGCAUUUUUCAAAUAAAUAAAAAAAUGUCAUAACAAAUUAUUAUGUUCAAUGUCACAAAUUCACUUCCAUUUAAAUAGUGAUCCCAAAAAUAGUGCAGAAUAGCCCCCCAAAUGUGACUUAUUUCAAAAUUAGGGAUGCAUUGAUAUAGAAUUUUAACAUAUCGAUAACUGAAAAUUAUUUUGAUUUUGACCAAUAACCGAUAUGAUUUAUGCUGUUUUAUCUGUUCUUUUAAAAACAGUGUUCACAGUGAAAUCUCCAAGAAUGUUACAAAAGAAAUAACCAAUAACAUUUUAGGAGUUUUGUAACCUGGCUUAGAAAAAAGUUUUAUGAUAACACUUUAUGAUUAGCUGCUUCCAGUAUUGGCCAAAUCAGUCCAAUAUUGCUCAGUUCUGAUAUAUUCAAGGGUAUGUCCUGCAUCCCUAUUGAGAAUAGCUUUUGACAUCACCAAGAGGUUAUUGAAAAUCAGCAAAUCUUUCAAUCAUAAGCAUAAGAUACAUAGCUUUUAGUUUUCUUUGGGAAAUAUGUUUGCAGCUGCAGUAUUGCAUUGUACAUAAAGUCCUAAGAUGCUCCAAGUCAUAGUUUUUCAUUUCACAUCGUUCCGAAUCCUAAAAUACGUGUUUUGUCUUGAUUUUUUUAAUAAUGUUGUAUAAUGUGUGCAGUUUUGUACAUUGUGCUUUUGAAAAUGUAAUGAUCAUCAACAGCUCUGGCAUUUUCUUUUCUUUUUAAAUGACAGAUAUACAUUGCUGUAUAUAAAAUAAAUUAAA